AUGCUGCUCUCUGAGGUCACUUUGCUCAGUUUAGUCUCGUUGUGUCUGGCUUUAUGGCCUCUGCCGCAGGAGUUCAACCAUGGCAACACAACUGUUUGGCUGGCCUCGUCUGUGGAAUUCUCCUUCCAGCCUACUGUUGCAGACGGCGGUGCUGAGAAAAAAAAUAUUAUCUCUACGUACAUAGAUUUGGAGGAAAUCUUCGAUUUCUUCCAAACAUCCUGGUUGAUGAAGAACAAGACUAGAGAGAAACUCAUUCCGAGUGUUUCCAAAAUAGUGAAAAAGGCUAUAAAGCGGACGGGAGCAGAGAUAUUUAGCUCCAAAUUCGUUCCCUGGAAAUUCCAUCCGCGAAAUAGCUCUUUUGAACCUGCGUUGGACGGGCGUGAUGCAGUUAUCCGCCAAGUAAUCAUCAAGCAAGCCUCUACGUAUCAAUCGGAAGCGAAGAUUCGCGAUUUCGUCCACGAAGAAGAGAGCUACAAGAUUGAAAUUUCCGCUACCGGGGAAGCAACAAUUUCGACCAAGACAGCUAUCGGGACUAUCCGUGCACUUCAAACCUUUAGACAGCUCUUCUAUGUACAUUCUUCCGGACCCGGUGUGUAUACACCCUUUGCACCAAUUUCAAUAUCGGACGCCCCGAAAUGGGCGCAUCGCGGCAUCAACAUUGAUAUAUCCAGAAAUGCAUACACGUCAGCGGAUAUCAAACGAACCAUUGACGCCAUGGCUUCUGCCAAAAUGAACCGCCUUCAUAUCCAUGCAACAGACUCUCAGUCAUGGCCAUUGGAUAUCCCCGCACUACCCUCGUUGGCAGCGAAAGGAGCGUAUCAUGCAGACCUGAUCUGGACAUCUUCUAACCUCUCAGAUGUCCAGAUGUAUGGCUUGGAACGUGGGGUGUCCGUAUUUCUUGAGAUAGAUAUGCCAGGCCACACAGGAUCAAUCGGAUAUGCCUUCCCGGAGCUAGUUUCCGCAUUUCUAGCUGAUAAGUGGCAAGAGUAUGCACUCCAACCUCCCAGUGGGCAAAUCAAGUUGAAUUCUUCUGGCGUGAAUGAAUUUUUGGAUAAGUUGAUGGCGGAUAUACUUCCUCGCGUCUCGCCAUUUACUGGCUACUUUCAUACAGGCGGCGACGAGUUCAACCUUAAUACGUACCUCCUCGAAGAAACAGUCCGAUCGAACAACAGAGACGUCCUAAAACCUUUGCUUCAAGCUGUUGUGACACGUCUCCACGACGCGAUACGUAAAGCUGGCCUCACACCCAUAGUAUGGGAGGAACUCGUAACUGACUGGGAACUAUCGCUAUCUACCUCCUCUACCGAAAAAACCGACGUUAUUGUGCAAGCGUGGCGAAACUCCUCCGCCGUCAAGCUGUUACUGGAUCGUGGGUACCGCACGAUUUUCGGCUCGGGCGACGCCUGGUACCUCGACUGCGGACAUGGCACCUACAUAAAUCCUAAACGCGGCUCUGUCUCAGUAAAAGAUCCAUUCGUCGACUGGUGCAGCCCAUAUAAAAACUGGAAACACAUGUACAUCUAUAACCCUCUUGAAGGUAUUCCGGGGAAACUGCACCACCUGGUUGAAGGGGGCGAGGCACAUAUGUGGUCAGAGAAUGUUGACCCGGUAAUCCUUGACAGUUUGAUCUGGCCACGUGCGGCUGCAGCCGCGGAGGUUCUUUGGAGCGGUCCACGAACCGCUGAUCAGAUACAUGAUGCUUCAUUCCGACUUAGCGAAUGGCGUGAGCGUGCUGUGAUUGAUGUGGGCGUCAGGGCUAGCCUAGCCCAAUUAACGUAUUGUCUCAUGAGGGAAGGGAGCUGCGAGCUGUAG